GAACAAAUGAAGAGGUAAUGGGGCUGAAAUCUAAGAAAAGAACAGAAAAUUCAGUUGGAAAGAUAACAGGUUCCAGGUACACAUGAAAAGAUGGUAGCUUGGAAGUGAAUUAAGAAUUUCAGACAGCUGGACUAAGAUGAAAGAUAAACCUGGGACUUUCGACCUUCAUGUACUGAUUUUCCAAGACCUUCUUUGGAGACUAUAUUUUGUUUUGCAGCAUUCCAGUCUAUCGUCCCAAUUCAUGGGACCCUAAAUAGAAACAUUUUUACUUUUGCAUGUUAUCGACAGAAACAUACCCAAGGCUGAAAAUGCACUUGGUUUUUCCUGCUUACAUGUCCUGUGCUGAAAAGUUCUUCGCUAGGAAUUGAAAGCAAUGAAUGGCCACGUCUCUGAACAAGAACAUCAGGCUAUUGAGUUACAUGCAGUAACAGAACAAAGAGAGGAAGAACCGGAGCCUGACUUGAAUGACCCUCUUCACCCUGAAGCCCCUAGACCUGAUAAGAAGACAGCCAUCUUGAACUCAUGUUCUAAGAUUGUUUUUUGGAAAUGCAAACUGUGGAUGAUUAUAACUUCUGUUUUCCUGGCACUGAUACUUGUGUCUAUUCUAAGUUUAGUUUUUUAUUCAGCGGAUUACAUAGAUGAAGAUGAAUUCUGGGAUCCUGAAUCAAUAGCAAGUGGCAAUCGCCAUAAUUUCUCAGGAAUAUUAAAAAUUCAUUGUACUAAUCCUGGCCAGCAAUGGUCAGAAUCAGGAUUUAAGUUGCUUUCUGAAAAUCUUAGUAAAAGGCUUACAGAUGUAUACAGUUUUUCAUCUGCUCUUGGGCGAUAUUUUCUCUCCGCGGAAAUUAUUUCCUUCAGCAAAGAAAACAAUACAGUAUCCUACUUCUUAAGGUUCUCGGUGCCACCUGAGACUGAAGAAUUUAUGAAGUAUAGAAUGAGUGAAGAGUUUCUGAUGAAUGUUUUAAGGCAAAAUAUUUAUGAUGAGGAAGAAAAGUCUGGUCUGGACGUACCUGAGUGUACAAACAUGGCACUUGAUCCAACUUCUCUUUCACUAAUACAAAUACAGACUGUGGAUACAGAAGGGUGAAUAGUGUUUAGACUGCUGGUGCUCCAGAAUGUUACAGGAGGAAUCUUCAGAUAUGCAGGCUAUAAUAUCUUAUUAAAAGAACAAGCUGCUGCAAAUCAUUUCCAGCAUGCAUUCAGUCCUCUUGCUGAAAUCAAGAACUGCAGGAAAAUGUGACUGCAUUUAUAAGAUGGACAAGAUUGUGUCCCCAUGUGAGGGAAACAGACUGGCAAUAUUAUAAAUGCAGGUUUAGAAGAUCAUAGAGAUUCUUCGGACAGUUAUCAGCCCACAACCAAUUCUGCUUAAAUUACAACUUCAUGAGAGGACAAAUUCAUGAAAGUAGAGUUCCAGAAAAUAGACACAUAAAGCUCCAUUCAGGCUUGAGCUGUUCCUUGGUAUCAUGAACCCAAAGUUGAUGAACUCUGUUCAGAUCAUUGUGGUUUCUCAGUUAGGAGGCUCUUUCCAAGUUUCUCACCAUAUCUCUGAGCUGUGUGGAGUACGAGGGUUCCUCCAGACCGGUGUUUUAUUGAAGGUGUAUUCUGCUACAUGUUCUUGAUACAAUAAUAGUGCAUUAGUGGUGGGUGGGGUUUUUCCUGCUUUAUUCAUUCUGUGAUGCUACCACAUGAGUGCUGUCCAGAGGAGCUAUAGCAUAACAUAAUCAGGACACACACACACACACACACACACACACAAAAACGGGGCAUUUGUGGGGUAUGAAAUGUUACGGGAUUUCAGUUGUGUGGAAUAAAAAUUCCUAGGCCUCAAACUUUGGUUAAGACUUUGCAAGUAUGAAGGGGAUGAUGGGAAGAAUGACACUGAAACAUGCUGCAAAGAAUAUGUUGCAAAGAUAAGUUACAGAACAUUCCGAGAGAAAUUGCUGAAUGCUCAACCUUCUAUCCAUAAGUAGAUAAACAUAUGUGUGUAGCGCUGAUGAAAGCAGCUUCCUGUGUGCCUUUGAAAAAUCCCUAUAAGAAUGUGCUGAAAACUGAUUGGGACAGAGAACUUUUGGACUUACUCAUGUCGGAAUUUCUCUCCAAGUGAUUGCUUGUUUUGCUUGUUUUGUUUUGCUUUAUUUUAAUAAAGUGCUUCUAGCAUAUCU